UUCAGCCUCUCACUCUUUGCUCUCCACAUCUCGCGCAAGUUGCUCGAAGCAUCCGAAAAAGCACAGUAUCUGCGGCUACCCACUUCAUUUCAGAUGAGUCUUUUGGUUGGGAUUCUGGUUGCCUCUGCUCAACAACUGAGGUCCUAUCUUUGGUAUCUUGUCCGUGCACGGCGAGUUUCUAGCAUUUCACCACUAUUACAUUGUGUUGCUUCUAUGAUGCUCCUGAGCUUCUUUCUAGCUAGAGGCGUUUUCAUCGCCGAUACAGUGCUGCAUUACACAACAUCGACAAUCGAAUUCGACCAGAUAUUGAUUCCGCCACAGCCUGUUCAGGAGCUGGGCCGAGGCCUAUCCGAAUUCUGCUUGAAAUUCAAUAGGACAAAUUUAGGAUUGCCUUGUUCGGUGGGCCAGGACGCGACACAAACAGAUCCCAAUGCAAUUUCCGAGAUGAUGGAGACAAGUCGACUCCUUCACGACACAUCUCAGGUCUCGCAAAUCCAAAUCACGUCUGUAGAUGAACUCAGCCAGGCUCGACUGUCUUACCUUAUGCUUGAACAGCAGACAAUCAGUCUUAAUACAGAUUAUAAUGCCUCGACGCUGGGAAUUCCUACCAAUUGU